UCGACACGCGGUCCUCCUUGACACACAUUACAAAUCAGCCCCACGUCUCCGCAACUGACCCUGUUUUCACUGGACGACCCACAGCUGCAUCAUGGGAAAACAGAAGGUGCUUAUGGACAAGCUCGCAAGGACCUUUCAGGUCCGUCACAUGCUGCUACGCCAGGGUCUGGCAGAGUGCCUGGGAACCCUGAUACUGGUGAUGUUUGGCUGUGGUGCGGUGGCCCAGCUGGUGCUAAGUGGUGGCUCCCAUGGAAUGUUCCUCACCGUCAACUUUGCCUUUGGCUUCGCUGCUACACUGGGCAUCCUGGUCAGCGGACAGAUCUCAGGAGGCCACCUGAACCCAACGGUGACCUUCGCCCUCUGUCUAUUGGGGAGAGAACCUUGGAGGAAAUUCCCUGUGUUUUUCUUGUUCCAGACUAUAGGAGCCUUCCUGGGAGCUGGGAUCAUAUUUGGCAUGUAUUUUGAUGCGUUGUGGGACUACGGCCAAGGAACACUGAUCGUUGUGGGGGAGAAUGCCACUGCUGGGAUCUUUGCCACAUAUCCCUCCAAACAUCUCACUCUGGUUAAUGGAUUCUUUGACCAGAUUAUAGGCACAGCAGCUCUGAUCGUGUGUAUCCUGGCCAUCGUGGACCCCUACAACAACCCCAUCCCCCGGGGCCUGGAGGCCUUCACGGUGGGAUUUGUGGUGCUGGUCAUCGGCCUGUCAAUGGGCUUCAACUCGGGCUACGCUGUCAACCCUGCCAGGGACCUGGGCCCACGCAUCUUUACUGCCCUGGCUGGCUGGGGUGGUGAGGUCUUCACGGCUAAUGCCUACUGGUUCUUUGUGCCAAUCUUUGCCCCCUUCAUUGGUGCAGUGUUGGGGGUGAUGGUGUACCAGCUGAUGGUGGGGUACCAUGUGGAGGGAGAAGCACGAGAGAAGAAGGAAGAGGAGGAGAAGGAGGAGCAAGAUGAAAGGCUCAAAUUGUCCAGCCUAACUACCAAGGACAGUGCAUGAGUUCAUGAAUAUUCUUACCGUGACCCAUUUCAAACACUCUUUAUGUAAAUAAUAUAUAUGUUUGUGUAGUACACUCUUAGAAAAAAUGGUUUCAAAAAAGUUAUUUGACUGUCCCCAUAGGAUAACCCUUUUGGGUUACAUGUAGAACCCUCUGCGGAAAAGGUUCUACAUGGAACCCAAAAGGGUUCUUCCAAAGGUUCUCCUAUGGGGACAACAACUUUCUUUUCUAAGAGUGUAUCUUUUUAUAGAUUUUAUAUCUUGCCUUGAUUACAAACACAUUUCCUUGUGGGUAUUGUUAAAGUAUAACUUCUCAAUCAAUCAAUCAUUCAUCAUUUCCCACCAGGUUCAACCUCGGGAGACAGUAAGGAUCGAUCGAAACAGUUUGUCAACUGUACACAGACACUGUAGCUGCAGCUCCAGUAUGUCUGUCACUUUCAACAUCAGAAACUCCUUCAAAUCUAGAAAAUAACAAAACAAAAACAGUCUUCCUUUAUGCCACCUUGCUGACAAAACUGCUAUAGUGAUGCUUUGGCACAGAUAAACAGGAAAACAAAAAGCUGAAUGCUGAAGAAGUAUCACCUCACAUACAUUUGAAAUGUGGUGCUUUGUUGAAUUUGUGUCAGGAUCCAAGAGAUUACAUUGCCUCUAGAUUUUACUAAGUUUUGCCCUUACAGUAAGGAUUCUGGUUCUGGUUCUACUGAAUUUGACAUGCUAUAAACAUAGAACUAUAAUCUAAACUAUCCUUAUAUCUACAUGUAUAUUUUACACAUUCAUUUUACACAUAUAGCUCAGACACUGCCACUAACCAAGCAAUAGAGUCUGUUGUACACACACUAACAUUACAGGGGCGCUGCAGCAUUACCAGUAUGAUCCUAUCCAUUUAAAAUGUGAGUGAGAUCUUUCAAAGAGCUAUGCUGAACAGUUUACUGAAAUGACAACAAAAAAAAGAUAACUGAAAUCAAUCUAACUUUGGACCGCUUUACGGUACACUGUGAGAAAAAUAACUAACAUGAUUGAAUGCUUCAGGUAAACCUUGAAUAGCCAGGUAAAUGUCAAACAAACAAACUAAAUAUUUGUUUACCUCUAAAUACAGUUCCAAAACCUUGAAUUGUUUGCCUCUUUACAUUUGCUAGUACCAACUUCUGGAGUAUCCUUCUUGAACACAGCAGUGAUAUUUCUAUAUUGUAACCACAGCCUAUAUCAUAUGACACUGCCAUGUCGAUUGGUUUUCAAUACAUAUCUUCAAGCAUAA